AAGUCGCGGCAGAGACGAAUUAGGCAGGGGCCCAGUACCAAGACUGCGAGCGAUGAUGAAGCCGAGGACGAGCGAGCGAUGGGCCGAGGGUGUCGUCCUCGAGCGCGAAAGUCGACAAAGUCACAAGAUCGACUGUUCGCGAGCAAAGAGAGCUAGUGCAACAUGGCAACGGCCGUUUGUGCCGCGCCUUCAGUCCACGUAGGCACGAUAGGAUCACCUCGCAUCGGACUCGGCUUGCCUGCGUCUCUAUCUCCCCGACUGCAUGCCUACUCACCGCGCAGUCCCAGCUUGCUCGCCAAUGAAGUCUUCUCGGAUUCGCGAGUAUGGUCGGGCAGGGAGAGCAAGAGCACUUGCUCCGAGACGUCACCCUUGCUCGCAAAGGGGCUCGGCUUGGGCGCACCGUUCGACGAGCUCAAUUCGACCCCGCCCACGUACAGGAGGACACACAGACGUACCCAUAGCGUCAACGGCAGUCCAUCCAGCCUGGCAGAAUCGAUUGGCAAGCGAGCCACGCGCGGUCACACAAAGGAUUCUCCCGUCUUGGUCGGCGAGUUUGAGCACGUCGCCAAAUAUCUCGAUAUGGAUGCCUGGUCAUCUGCUGCUCGGUACACGCUCGUCGGCGCUUUCGCACUCGUUCUCAUUGGCGUCAUGAGGAGUUUCACCGGCAAUUCGAGUCUCGCGCAACUCAUCCAUAAGCCGGCGUUCUUCGAUCAUCCCGUCUGCGACCCGUUCAGCCUGCCUGGCUAUCUGGCAUUUGACGAAUCCAAUCUGAUGGCAACAGAAUGGAGACCCUUCUCGCAGUCAUGUCCACCUGCGCCAGACUACCUUCGCAUGCUACGCACAGCCUACCCUACAAAGCAGACACUGGCGCGCAUCCAGGAAAGCUAUGAUGCGUCUGGCGACCAUAAGCCGGCCAACCUUUCCUUGUCCGUCUUGCGGGGGACACCCCAAGCCGCUCGAGCGUCUGCCGCUUUGCAGUUCAUGCGAGGCAAGUCGGUGCUCAUGAUUGGCGAUUCUGUCGACCGAAAUGCGCUGGACGAUAUCGCUACGCUCAUGGAUAGAGAAGUACAACCGACUUCAUAUAGUGAUCCAGAGGUGAGGGGAGCCAUGGAGGGCUGGGAUCCUCGCAACCAGCCCUACACGCUCCAGAUACCUGAGCUAGACUUUCAGAUGUUCAAUUCUUUCCACUACGGGAUGGAUGAUACCGAUGAGCAUUCUGGUCAGGCAGACUGGCAUGCCCCCGGCAAGGUCGAAGACCGCUUAGAUCAGCUCUUCGGUCCUAUGAUCGACAUGGCCACGAACAAUCACGGACCGGACCUCAUCCUCUUCCACAGUGGCAUGUGGGAUGCAGCAUACUGGGGCAGACUGGACAAGAAGCAGGAUAGGUCGACUGCGACUGCACUCAGCCAGAAGAGGCUAGAGUGGUACACGAGGCGGUUCAAGUCUACCCUUCGCGAAAUUCGUCAUCGUUACCCUCAUGCCAGGCUGGUCGUGCGCCAGAUGCAUCGCAUCGGUCAGCAAGCUCUGUCUGCUUCGAAGGACUGGGGUCCGGGGAUAGAAGGCAAAUUCAAGGAUGGCAAAUUCUCGUCAUUCUUUGCCGAUGUGCGCGUCCAUCAGAUACGAGAGCUGACGAGUGCAAUAUGUCAGGAGGAGGGGCUUGAGGUGUUUGAUUUCGGGAGAAUGUGGGAGGGAUACCAGGCGAGGCAGGAUAAGGUCCAUCCGAUGCUGUUCCCGUCCGGUCCGAUCUUUGGCGCUGCAGUCUUGCAUCAGCUCUAUCUGGGCAGUAUCGAUGGUCCCAUCUCUGCUAUUCGCGAGCACUUUCAUCCGCAUCAUUCAUAGCAUCGCAUAGUCGGAUCAUGUUGCUUGUACGAACCAUUGUCAUGAUUUUACAACGAAGAAACCCCAAGCCGCAACAGAUGUGCCACAUGCAAGAUCGUUGACCGAGCUUGCACAAGGACGUCAAACGGUGGCGCUGUAGAUCAAUACAUCGAGCCUGCACCGUAAGGCUGAUAGCAGUAAGGGUACGGAUAGAUCGGGUGAGGCUGAGCAUAGGCCAUUAAUGGCGAGAGAUUUGUGUUAGGUGCGGCGGUCGUGGUAUUGUUGCCAUAGUGGAUCGAAUACGGCGGCUGUGAGCAAUGAUAGGCAGGAUGCUCGAAAGGGCCAGCAGUGUAGUCAUACGUCGUGUAAUUCGGACCGGCAUAGUGCCAGGGGGGCGUUGGCAUAGGAGAUGCAAAGCUCGAGGCUGGUGAGGUGGCACUGGGUGAGGCGAGGACGGGUGCACCCGAGGCGG